CCACCAAAGCUUCACAAGGCAUCGUUCGCCCAUCCCUACAGACUGCAACUAACUGAUAAAAUAACAUUUUCGGUGGGUAUAGAAAUGGACCAACACGCAGCCUACACUGAUGGACCCGACCCGAACGCCCCGCCUCCAGUCUCGUGAUACAAAUCAGACAAGGACAUCGUUUAUUACGUUUCCUCGUGAAUAUGACUUGCUUAAUGAUACCAAUUCACCAUAGCAAACAUUGUUACUACCACUACAGUAAGCGUUUCGCUUUAGGAAGUGCGGUUUGCAUUUGAUAGAGAGAGGCCUACAAAUGUACACAACGUAGUCAUGUAAAGCGAGGAGAAAAUACUGUCAUCCGGAAAUCUAUGAUAAGGAUAUGGCGAGCCAUUUUAAGGAAAAUUGUGAAGUCAAGGAAGUAUCCAGCGUUUGAUUAAAGCUUUGCUAAUAUAGAUCCUUUAGUUUGCCAAUCCAUCUUUGUAAGAUGGACAUAAGGCGAGCUAAAGAGGGUGAGAACGCCGACUGGAUGUCGCUUCUAUCAGGAAGGCUGGUGGACAUUCCACUUUGGGACUUGGCGAUACCUGGCUACAGGAACUUCGGUGUCCAUCGCGUGAGUGUGUAAAUAACCUCCUUCACUCGCGUUUAGGUAGUCAUGACGCCAUGAGUUACUGUCUGGACAGGCGGUCUCCCGUUCUGAAGUCGGAGUCCCAGUUUCUGCAAGUGUUGGACUGUUUAAUGCCCUGUUUCACAAGACCCUGUGUGGUGCGAUGGGCCACUACACAGGCCUGGUGUAUCUCCGACCAGCUGAAUGCUGGGAUACGGUUCUUCGAUCUGCGCGUUGCCUGCAAGACGGGCAGCAAAGAAUCUCUUUACUUUUCACAUGGAGUUUACACGCUUCAGACGGUUAAGGAGGCUCUGUCUGCUGUAGCUGUCUGGUUACAGCAGCACCCUGAAGAGGUCGUGAUCCUGGUCUGCUCUCAUUUCUACGAGCUGGGUGACAGUGAACACAGACAGCUCGUCUCCUUCAUCACAGGCUUGUUCAGACACAAACUCUGCCCUCCACAGGUGACUCCUACGCUUAGACACUGUUGGGGUUCGGGGCAGCAGGUAAUCGUCUCCUAUGACAACGAGGAUGUUGUUAAGCAGCACAAGCAGCUCUGGCCGAUGUUUUCCUACAGGUAUGCUGAUUCACCGGAUCCCAAAAAGGUCAUUUCAUAUUUGGAGCAACAGAAGGCUGCAGGUAGACCAGCUGAAUUCUUCGCCUCUGGUCUGAAUCUGACAGAAGAUUCUAGUUACGUGAUCCGCCAUCCGUGUCUGACGAUGAGGAGGAUGACGAUGCAGGCUGCAUCUGUGCUGCUGGGCUGGGUGGAGGGCCAGAGGCCAGGGCCGCAAAGCAGCGGCCUCAACGUCAUCUGUGGAGACUUUGUGGACCUCAAUGAGUUUCCUGCUGUAGUCAUCUCUCUGAAUGACAAACUGUUGACGGAGAAUCAGAGAUGAUGGGGGGGGGGGGAUUCCACAGACACUUUCCUGUCAGACGAGACUUCUAUCCUUGUUUUCUAAAAAGAGGAAUACACACUCACAAUACAUUCAAACUUCAUAGCUCGCAAACGCACAUAUUUUAUUCAUUUGAUUCAUUGAUUUUCCGUUUUUCUUAACCUAUCAAUUAUCGACAAUGAUCAUUUAUUUUCUUGAAAAAUAUGUGAAGUGAUCUGUCAUUUCACAUUACAGUUACAGAUAAGUAUGAAUCCUUUUUAGAAAUUCAUUUAUCAAGUUAUAAGGCCUCUUCUGUUUUCUUAAGUUUGACUUCAGUGUGUUACUGUACAUGGUUUAGAGAAGUGGAAAAAUGGAUCCGUAUUCACCUGUAGUAGAAAACCUUCCUCUUUCAAGCCAACACAGACAAGCAGCUAACGUCCACAAAGACUGAGGACAAACCACAAGUAAAGCUUGUUGCUUCAGGGCAACGAGUAAAGCUUUGACGCUGUACCAUUUAUCAGUAGUGAAAUAAAUCUGUGUUUACAUAUGA